AUGAUCCCAGGUCUGGCCCCCGUAGUCUCACCCAACUCCCCGGUCUCAGUCGGGCGUGGACGGGGCAGCCCAAGGGUUAACAGUGCAGGGGGCAGCACUGGGCAGCCCAAUCAUACGCAGAGAGGAUGGGGUCCCACCGCAUCAGCUGGUGGUGGUCGUGCAGGGGCACACCCUGGAGGGUCCAACAUGGGUGGUAGAUCCCAACCCAAUGCCAGCGGGGGUGGUAUGAAUGGUGUGGCAUGGGGCGCAGCACCUCUGCCAUUAAAUGGCAGUCAGGGUCGCGCACCAUCGGCUGGCCGAUCAUCUGGUUCUCGCGGACCCGAUGCAGCAGCAUCAACUGGUUCACAGAGGCCGGUUGCUGUGCCAAGGCCUGGAAUCGGUGCCGCGCAGCCCAGGCCGCGUGCUGUCGCGUCACCCGCUGAAAAGGUUGCACAGAAUACAUAUGCAACAAUGGCUGAUCUGCAAGCACUACGGGAUGAGCUGCUUGCAGGGCGGCUUUGCAGGCAGUGUGGUGGAUGUGACCAGCAUGGUCCAAACGGGGUGGAUGGCGGAACUCAGAAUGGUGGUUCAAAGCCGGUGUUGGAGCCGGUGCGUGUAAAUUCACCGGAGGAAAUUGCCCGCGACUUUAUCAAUGCGGAAAGCGAGGGCUGGCAGAAAUUUUGCAGCAAGCUGGCGACGUGCUUCUUUUGGACAAACCGCGCAAACGACAUCCAACUUUACCCCAACGACACCGAAACCCUGCUUGGAUUUAAAAAAAUGAUGUCACCUUCAGCUGUUCCACACCUUGAGCUUUUGUGGACUUACCGAUGCAAGCAAACCCUGAGAACGGUCGCCGUCACUAACACGAACACUCGGUGCCUCAUUGCCAAAAGGCUUCGCAAGAAGGUGCUACCAGCACUGGGCAUCAAGAGAAAAAACGACCAGGAGGGUGUCGAGGACCCCAAGGAGUUCUUUGACGACGCCGAGCUGUUGAACAGCUACGGGGACGAAGAAUGGGGACCGGACUGGCACGUAGACGACGAAAGAAAGUGGCCUUUUUCGAGCGUAAUUUUCAGUGAGGGAAUUUUCGCUGCAUUCGUGAGAUCAGGCAUGUCACUGGGGGUAUGGAAGACCCGCCAGAUUGCCUUUGCAUUGUUCACU